AGUCCAACUUUGUAAAUAAAGAUCCUACGAAGUCCAAAAACUCCAGAGUGCUCUACUUUCACUCCUAUAUUUCAUAUUUAUCGGAAGCCAGAAAAUGGAGGCGAAGCUCUUCCUUCUAACCUGCUCACUUCCCUUACAACCCUUGCUUCCAACUUGCAAUAUGCGCCUCUCCCGUUUCAAGACGACUUCCCCUUCUAAAACAGUUUUGAGGAGGUGCAUGAACCAAGAAGAACAACUUCUGGAAGGGAUGCCAAAGGAGUAUUACGAUGAUGAAUGGCAAGCCAGACAACGGGAAAAAACGAAGGAGUUGCAUAGAAGACGUAGAGAAGAAGAGGAAGAAGAGGAAAGAAAGGUUGAAGAGUAUCGUGAAAUAGGUAUGCGUUUGAAGGGGUACCCGCAAGAAGAUGUUGUAAGAGCCAGGAAAUUAGUUUCAAGCUUCAUUACGGCUGAAGAAGAGGUGGAAGAGAAAAUCGAGGAGGCUGCAGAGAGAGGUGAACUUACUGAACUUGUGCUAAUGGUCAUAUGGAAUCGCCUUGAUCUUGCUCGACGGGAUGUAAGUGGGCUUUUAGAUGAAAAGGAUGCCAUUAGGAGUCUUGAUCUUCUCUACAGACGAGUUGAGACCGAGAUAUUGAAACGGGAGGCAAGUCCUGCUAUGAGGCUGCUCAAUGAUCUUUUGAAUAUGCAUGAUGGGUUUGACAAUGAAGGAUGGUUGAAGGAAUGCAAAAAACGCAUGGUUGAGACUUUCCCACGGGAGGAUCCGUUUAGCAUCCUUGUACCAGCUGGUUUUGACAUUGAUAAGCAUCACGGCCCAUUGUCACUACCAGCCGAAGCUGAUGAUGUUCUUCUACGAGUAGAUUUCAUAAGAGAGGUUGAUGCUUUGCUACAAGAGGUUCGAUCCGAACAAAACGAAGCACAAACCCCAGAUGGGCUUGAUCCAGAAUCUGUUGCAGUAAAAUUGAAGGAACACGAGAGGAAACGAACCAUACGCCAAGUCGAAACUCUGCUGGAUUUAGCCAUUAACUUACAAUGGUAACUAUAGUUUAAGAUUAAAAAGAGGAAAAAGAAAACAAAGCCAUCCAGCUUUUUCUCAUCUGCUUCGACAUAUUAGUUUGAUUUUGUUUUGGAAGAACCUAUGAUACUUGUAACUGUAACUGGAUAUAGCAUUUGUAGUUUCAAGAGUAUAUAAUAUGCAGGUAUAUUCAAGAGUAA